AAAGACAGACUUUAAAGCUGUCGAUUCAAGCAAGGGUGUGUAAAAAUAACGGAGUAGUGAAAAUGAGAAAGGCAAAACAGUACGACUGGAAGGACUCGAAUCUUGCCCUUUUUGGGUCGGACACAGAAAAAAAUGUCAAGAAGGAGUCUGCUCAGACGGAGAAAGCAUGGAAAGGCGCCGGUUCAAAAUUAGGCCUUCAAAUCUGGAGAAUCAAAAAGUUUAAAGUAACAGAUGUUCCAAAGGAAGAAUAUGGAAGCUUUUACAAUGGAGAUUCCUAUAUCUUAUUAAAUACCUACAAAAAGGACCCAGAUAGCAUGGCUUUUGAUUAUGAUGUUCACUUUUGGAUUGGGAAAUUUUCUACCCAAGAUGAAUAUGGCACAGCUGCUUACAAGACUGUAGAACUAGACACCCUGCUUGAUGAUAAGCCUAUUCAACAUCGAGAAGUGGAAGGGCAUGAAUCUGCUUUGUUCAAAUCUUAUUUUAAGAGCCUCACUUACUGGAAAGGGGGAGCUGAUUCAGGUUUCAGAUGUGUUGAACCAACCAGCUAUGAGCCACGCCUUCUUCAUGUUCACGGCACAAAGAAAAAGAUUGAAUGCAAGGAGAUACCAUUUUGCAUGGACAAUUUGACCAAGGACGAUGUGUUUGUCAUUGAUCUUGGCCUCAAGAUAUUCCAGUGGAAUGGUGAUGAUGCUAACAAGGAUGAGCGAUAUAGUGCAGGACAAUAUAUCCGCGUAUUAAAGUCAGAACGUAGUGGAAAGCCUGAAGUAAUAGUUCUAGAUGACCAAACACUAGAUGAUGUACCUGAAGAACUUUUAGAGGUUAUUCCUAAAAGCUCAAAUGAGGAUCCUGAUGAGGAUUUAGAAGAUCCUGAUCCUAAAGAAAAAGUACUCUUUCAAAUUACCUAAGCAGCACUAAGCAUCCUCUUCUUCCAGUAACCUGCAUCAAAGGUGGAGCAGAAUCCAAUGAAUUCAACAAAGCUUUCUAAUUGAAGAUCAUUUCAAGAUUUCAAAAGACAAACUAUAUCACCUUGUACAUGUUGCUGUAUACACCAAAUCAAAACAUGGUGACCAAUUUGAAUAACUAUUGUUCUGGGCCCGGUUGUAUGAAGCCUGGAUAGCAAUAUCCGGCAGAUAAAUCCUUAUCCAGUGGAUAAAGUGAUGCUGUUAUCCAAUGAAUUUACCCACUGGGUACAAUUUAUCCGUCGGAUAGCGCUAUCCAGGCUUUGUACAACCGGGCCUGCACUGACUAGCGACUUGCUACGCCUAGUAUUCACAUGUAGGGGCUGAACAGUAAUUGGGGUGUUGCCCUGUGUUAGAGUCUGUUAUUUUCUAUUGACGAAAUAUUGAUGAACUAAGCUAAACUAAACAUAAAAGCAUUUUCACAUGUAUGAAGGGCUGUUCAGUCGCUAGUCAGUGCAGAACAACAUGGAACAGUUAUUCAAAUUGGUCACCAUGUUUGGAUUCAAUGUAUACCUUAUUUAUAUCUCUGGGAAUAGCUUGUGAAAUGUAGCUGUUGAACACAGAAAUGAGGCUAGUUGAACAAGCCUAAAUAUGGCACACACUUUCAUGCAGUCUGACAUUCUGUAAAUGGUUGGCUCAUGAUGAUUAUAAAUGCAUCAGGGGAAAAGAAAGAAUAAAUGUACUAGGUUUUUCAAAUUGCAUUGUAUUAAAAAGAGGGCUCCUCUAAGCCAUAGUCUACUGGCCUCACUUCGGUGUUUGUCACUACUAGUUUUCAGUCUCUUCUGAAGAUAUGAAUAAGCUUUUUACACCAAUUACUGGCUACCUGCCUUUUGAGUAAGCACCAAUGAACCUUGUAUGUAUGACCUAGUUAGUUUGUAAGACUAGUAGAAUAGUUGUAGUUAUUGCCUUUGAAUGGACCUCUUUAGACAAAAUGGAAGAAACAGUAGAUGGAACUAAUGAAAGACAAAAAAAUUGAAAUAAAAAAUCUUGUUACUCACUUUA